UCUAUGCUGAGCCAAAGGCGAGACGGGCAAGACGCGAACUCGAAACGAAGAUGGACGAGACAAACGUUCUCGAGACAGCGAUGGAAGUAGAAAAUGAGGCUCUUGAUACACUCGAAGGGCGUUUGAGCGCGCGAGAACGCGACGUGGAAGAUAUUCAGCGUCGAAUCGAUGAAGCCAUUGCCGUGCUGUCGACAGUGGAUGAUGAAAUCGCCUCGUGCGCGGCCAAAGUGAAAGAAGCUUUGGAGUCCACAGAUGAGAAACGCGCGCGAACGGCAGAGCUUGAGUCGAAUUAUUUGUUGCAUAAACAAGCCGUGGGUAUGGUAUUGGCCACCGAUCGUCCCAUCGAGGAGAGCGAAGCCGAAUUGAACAAGGUGCUCAACACUGCGAAGGAGAGAAUGGAACAACUCAAGGCUGAGUGGGAAGCCGCAAAAGCUCCGCUUAUUGCCGCCAUCGAAGCGCAUGCGGUUGCGGCCAGUGAAAAGCGUGAAAAUGCAAAGCAUCAACUCGAGGAGAUUGAACAGUGGCGCUCUGAAGGCAAAGAAACGAGCGCGUUGUUGCGCGUCAAGGAGCACGAGCAACGUCAACUGCUUGAGGAAUAUGAGGCAUCGCCGAAGAACGUGCACCGUCCUUCGUUCGUGCGACGAGUUAACGAAAUCAUAAAGAAUAUCAAGAAGCAGGAAGGAGAGAUCUCGAAAAUCGUGAGCGAUACUCGCAGCGUGCAAACCGAAAUCCAAUCCGCAGAGGUGCUGCUACAACGCACAUAUACCGUCGUUGAGGAGACGUUGUUCAGAGAAGCGCGCUCGGAUGAGUUGUGUCGAGCUGCGUACAAACACCUUCACGGAAUGCAUAGCGACUUCGCCGACUUAGUGAGUAAAGUUGAAGCCACCGGCGUCGCACGUCGCGCGCAAACCGAUUUGCAGCGAAAGGUGGUGGAAAUUAGCAAACAACCGAACAAUACAGAGCGCGUGGCGCGAGACUUGGCGCUGAUGAAGGAGCAAAUCGCAGAGUUGGAGAAGAAGCUCUCGUCUUCCGCGUGAGUUGUU